AGUGCGGGAUCCUGCGCGGGUUGAAGGAGAGGGCUAGGGUUGGGGUUGGUAUUGGGUCUACUGGGCACGUUGCGGGCCGGGAGGGAGGGUUUGGGGUGCUGCUGCGGGCGGCGGCCAUGCGGCGCGACGUGCGCAUCCUGCUGCUGGGCGAAGCCCAGGUGGGGAAGACUUCUCUGAUCCUGUCGCUGGUCGGCGAGGAGUUUCCCGAGGAGGUCCCUGCCCGCGCGGAGGAGAUAACCAUUCCCGCCGAUGUCACCCCGGAGAAGGUGCCCACUCUUAUCGUGGAUUACUCAGAAGCGGAGCAGACAGAGGAGGAACUUCAGGAGGAGAUCCACAAGGCAAACGUAGUGUGUGUGGUGUACGAUGUGUCUGAAGAGGCCACCAUUGAGAAGAUCCGAACCAAGUGGAUCCCCCUCGUGAAUGGCAGGACUGCGACAGGGCCCAGGUUGCCCAUCAUCCUGGUAGGCAAUAAGUCAGACCUGCGACCGGGGAGUACUAUGGAGUCCGUGCUACCCAUCAUGAGCCAGUUUCCUGAGAUAGAGACCUAUGUUGAGUGUUCAGCCAAGCACUUGAGGAAUAUCUCAGAACUGUUCUACUAUGCGCAGAAGGCUGUUCUGCACCCCACAGCCCCCCUUUAUGACCCCGAGGCCAAACAGCUAAGACCUGCAUGCGCCCAGGCUCUCACACGCAUCUUCAGGCUGUCAGAUCAGGACCUCGACCACGCGCUCAGCGAUGAGGAGCUCAAUGCCUUCCAGAAGUCCUGCUUUGGCCACCCCCUGGCCCCACAGGCCCUGGAUGACGUGAAGAGGGUCGUAUGCAAGAAUGUGGCAGGCGGUGUACAGGACGACCGGCUGACCCUGGAAGGCUUCCUCUUCCUGAACACACUUUUCAUCCAGCGUGGCCGGCAUGAGACCACGUGGACCAUCCUGCGGCGCUUCGGUUACAGUGACUCACUGGAGCUGACGCCUGACUACCUCUGCCCACAGCUCCAUGUACCCCCUGGCUGCAGCACAGAGCUCAACCACCGUGGCUACCAGUUUGUGCAGCGGAUCUUUGAAAAGCAUGACCAGGACCACGAUGGUGUCCUCUCGCCCACGGAAUUACAGAAUCUCUUCAGCGUGUUCUCAGUGGCUCCCUGGGGCCCUGAACUCUCCCACACAGUCCCCACUCAGGCUGGCUGGCUGCCCUUGCAUGGAUAUCUCUGCCAGUGGACCCUGGUGACCUACCUAGAUGUCCAGCGCUGCCUUGCACACCUGGGCUACCUGGGCUACCCUACCCUCUGUGAGCAGGACUCCCAGGCACAAGCUAUCACAGUUACCCGAGAGAAGAAACUAGACCAGGAGAAAGGGCAGACACAGCGCAACGUUCUUCUGUGUAAGGUCUUGGGAGCCCCAGGAGUGGGCAAAUCAGCCUUCUUGCAAGCCUUCCUUGGCCACAGCCUCAGGGAAGCCAGGGACCUCCCUGAGAAACCCCCUAUGUACACCAUCAAUACAGUGCGGGUCAGCGGACAGGAGAAGUACCUGAUUCUAUGUGAAGUGAAUGACAGCCUGCUGGACAGCUCUCUAGACAGCACCUGUGAUGUCGCAUGCUUAAUGUUUGACAGCAGUGACCCCAAGACCUUUGCGCACUGUGCUACCAUAUACAAGCACCAUUACAUGGAUGGGCAGACCCCCUGCCUUUUUAUCUCCUCCAAAGCCGAUCUCCCUGAAGGUGUUGCCGCACCAGGCUUGUCACCAGCUGAGUUCUGCCGUAGGCACCGGCUGCCUGCCCCAGCCUCAUUCUCCUGCUUGGGACCAGCCCAGCCCAGCACAGAUGUCUUCACCCAACUUGCUACCAUGGCCACUUUCCCACACCUGGUCCACACAGAGCUGCACCCCACCUCCUUCUGGCUGCGAGGAAUGCUUGUGGCUGUUGGGACUGCGGUGGCCGCUGUCCUUAGCUUCUCACUCUACAAGGUCCUAGUGAAGAGCCGAUGAUGAAGGACCCAUGAGCCUCUCCUGACCCAGGCACAGCACACUGUGGUGCCUUGUGGGGGCCCAUACUGUAGAGGAGUAUGGGCUUUCAGCCUGGUGGUGUAAUGGCUGUGUGGCUACAGAGUCCCCGGGACUGAUGUGGGGUACCUGCUCAGGGACUUGGUGUCUAAACCUUCGAGUCCAAAAAAUCUGUUGCCCUUUAACAGGGCUGUGUUUUGCCCUGUCCUGCUGAGCCUGGGGGCACAGGUGGCAGGUAUAAGGCCUUUAGCCUUGAAGGGAGUAUUGUGUAUUAGGGGAUGGGCUGUGGGGAAGGUGGCCAGUGACCAGGACCUGGAGUUCUCAGGGUGCUUCCUCCUUCCUGGCUUUGUACGGUCAGUGGGCAUGGGGCCAAGAGGUUUUGGUUGAAUCGGGGAGGGGCCUGAUAGUCACAGAGUUCUACUGUCGAGCCUUACCCACACUCCAGCUACAGAGCAAGUGGAAUUGGGUUUCCUGAUUAAACUUCACUUGUUUCCAUCUUC